AUGGCCGAGGGCGCGCGGAGGCGGGCGCCGGCGCUGCUGGAGGCGGCCCGCGCGCGCUACGAGAGCCUGCACAUCUCGGACGACGUGUUCGGCGAGUCGGGCCCGGACAGCGGCGGGAACCCCUUCUACAGCACCUCGGCUGCCUCGCGCUCCUCCUCGGCCGCCUCCUCGGACGACGAGCGCGAGCCGGGGGCCCACGCCGCCCCGCCGCCGCCGCCGCCGCCCUGCGCCCCGGACGCGCCGGAGCCCGAGGAAGACGAGGCGGGCGCGGGCUGGAGCGGAGCCCUGCGGGACCGGCCGCCCCCGCGCUUCGAGGACACCGGCGGUCCCACGCGAAAGAUGCCCCCCAGCGCCAGCGCCAUGGACUUUUUCCAGCUGCUUGUGCCAGACAACGUCCUCAAGGGCAUGGUGGCACAGACCAACAUGUACGCCCGGAAGUUCCAGGAGCGGUUCGGGAGUGACGGGGCCUGGGCGGAGGUGACGCUGGCCGAGAUGAAGGCCUUCCUGGGCUACGUGAUCUCCACCGGCGCCUCCCGCUGUGAGUCUGUGCUCGGCGUCUGGAGCAGCGGCUUCUACGGCAACCGCAGCCUGGCAUGCGCCAUGAGCCAGGCGCGCUUCGAGAAGAUUCUCAAGUACUUCCACGUGGUGGCCUUCCGCUCCAGCCAGGCCUCGCACGGCCUCUACAAGGUGCAGCCCUUCCUCGACUCCCUGCAGCGCGGCUUCGACGCCGCCUUCCGGCCCUCCCAGACGCAGGUGCUACACGAACCCCUGAUUGACGAGGACCCCGUGUUCAUCGCCACAUGCACGGAGCGGGAGCUGCGGAAGAGGAAAAAGCGGAAAUUCAGCCUCUGGGUCAGGCAGUGCUCGUCCACGGGUUUCAUCAUCCAGAUUUACGUGCACCUGAAGGAAGGCGGGGGCCCCGAUGGCCUGGACACCCUGAAGAAUAAGCCGCAGCUGCACGGCGCGGUGGCCCGGAGCCUGUGCCGGAACGCGGCCGGCAAGAACUACAUCAUCUUCACGGGGCCCAGCAUCACCAGCUUGAGCCUCUUUGAGGAGUUUGAGAAGCAAGGGAUCUACUGCUGCGGCCUGCUCAGCGCCAGGAAGAGCGACUGCACCGGCCUCCCGCCCUCCAUGCUGGCCAACCCAGCCACGGCCCCCGCCCGCGGCCAGUCCCAGAUCAAGGUGAAAGGGACCAUGUCUCUGAUCUGCUGGUACAACAAAGGAUACUUCCGCUUCUUGACCAACGCCUACUCCCCGGUGCAGCAAGGCGUCAUCAUCAAGAGGAGGAGCGGGGAGAUCCCCUGCCCCCUGGCUGUGGAGGCGUUUGCCGCACACCUCAGCUACAUCUGCAGAUACGACGACAAGUACAGCAGGUACUUUAUUUCUCACAAGCCAAACAAGACCUGGCAGCAGGUGUUCUGGUUCGCCAUCAGCAUCGCCAUCAACAACGCCUACGUCCUGUAUAAGAUGUCGGACGCCUACCAUGUGAGCCGGUACAGCCGGGCGCAGUUUGGGGACAGACUCGUCAGGGAGCUGCUGGGCCUGGAGGACACCUCAGCCACCCUCUGAUGCUGGGGACCAGGUCGAGGGAGGGUGGGAGGCAGAGGACAGCCUGCGUGCCCCCCAGCCAGCCCUGUCCGAGACCCAGGACGCCCUGGUGGGGGACUUGCUGCCUGGGACAAGGACGUGGGCAGAGGGUGGCAGCUGUCCCGGUUUCCAUGGAGAGAAGAACAUGGCUCCCCAUGUCACGAGUGCUCUGGGACAUUCCAUCCUUGAGACACCUGCGGAGCCUCUCAGCGAUGCCAAGACUGGAAAGCAGCCGUGGCAGGAGGAGAGAGAGACCACGGUCAAGUUCACGGUGGGGAAGCAGCCACCGCCGGCUCUGCAUGACUGGGACGGUCGGUGUGUGCAGAGGCCAGAGAGUUUUCCAGCAUGUCCGAGUAGCUUAGCAUGGGUCUCUUAACGUAAGAGACACAGCCCGGUUGCCAUUAAAAUGAAGGGAUGGUGUUUAUUCAUCCUGCUCUGACUAAUAAAAGGGGCGCCCCAUGCGUUUCCUCUGUGGGGCUGGGGGCAGGGACAAAGGGAAACACCAGGAGAAUCACAGCGAAGGGUGACGCUGUUUUUUAUUUUAAAUAUAUCUUCAGGUUAUUUUCUUACUGUUGCUUACGGUCUCACACAACAGGCAGACGCGCCCUUGUCCCCACCGGGGCCUUUUGCAUGAUCCCAGUUCUGUGCCCUGUGCCAUGGGGGGGCCGGGAAGGGCGGCCAGGGCAGACACAGCUGCUUCCACCAGGGCCACGGGGAACCUAUGGGCACCUUGUCACAGACAUCAUCACUGGCAGACUUACUUGUUUUGGAAAACAUGUAGCAUUGCCAAAACAAACAGCACAGUUCCCCACAGUGACCACUUGCUAACUGCCUUGCCCCUGGGCACAGUGACCCUGGCAGCAUCUGCCAUCCUGAGUGAUCCCGCAGCCCCGGGCAAACCGGCCGCGGGGCUGUGGUCACAGCCUGGGUUGAGUGCGGUAUGUCACGGGGCUGAGACAUGCUCACUACAGGACUGAGGACACCGUGUGACCAGCAGCUGGCAGCGAGCUGGGGCUCUAUAAUCUCCCGAGACACCUGGGGCUCCUUCAGACCCAGGUUGACAUGUCUCGACAGAAGCCUCAACACCAGGGUGGUCGACAGGUCUGACACUCCCCGCAGACAAGAAACAAGUCAUUUCUGGAGUCACCAGCCCUUCUUUAACCCAACUUAUGUAACCACCUCAUUUCUACAACUGCGGAAUCUAUUCGACUCAGGCUUUGGGACUUUUCCUUGUUUAGACCCGUUAAUUAAAGUGUCGCUGGCAGCAUGCUCCUGAAAUACCAUUGUCUCUCCGUCGUUCUCGGCGACGACCCUCGCCCUGUGGGUUUAAUUCCAUGCCACGGACUGUAGGCCAAACUUUAGAUCGUGUUUCACAACACCUUUGCCGUGCCCUUGGAUUGGAUCGAAAGCACUUUUACCACGUGGAGAAAUAUAUUUUUAAUUUGUGAUGCUUUUCUACGAGGUCCACUAUUUCUGAGUUUAAUGUGUUUCCAACACUUAGGGAGACUUUAAUGAAAGCCGAUAAAUUUUC